AGGGGAAGGGACAGUGAGAGGCAAAGGACCAAAUUAGGAGUUGAUCCUGAGAGCUGAACAGAGGAUCCCAGUGGCAUUAACUACCAUAGGGAUGAGAAGCAACCCCUUAGAGGUCUUAGUGGUGUCAACUCACUUCAAGUUUCCUAGAUUGUAUUCACCUUCUACACCAGUUCAUUCAUUCAUUCACCAUCUGUUAAGUAGAAUGUAUGGGGCACUAGGCCAGGCUUAAGAGGUACAAAGAUUAAUGAGACUCAGAUAUUAUUUCAGUCAGUAGAGAGAAUGGAAUUGUGUAAAUAAGCAAAGUACCAUAGAAGUGUUAUGUUACUUAGGUUAUUUGUGGGUGUUCAAAAGAAGGAGAAAUAUUUAAUUUUAGCUGGGAGGGUUCUGAGAAAGUUUCAGGGAGGAAGUAGCAUUUGAGCUGAGCCUUGAAAAUGAACAGCCCCUGAACAUGAAGAGAGGAGGAGGGAAAGGCACUCCUGCCUGAGGGAACAGAAUGAGUAAAGGCUCAGAGAUAGGAACCUGAAGAGCAGAGAGAGGAACAUCAGGAAGCAGGGAGCUGCUGAGUCUGGCUGAGGUACAGAGAGGACAGAAAUGUGUUGAGAAGGCUGGGUUGGGACCAGAGCAUGGAAAUGAAGGAGAUCUUAACAUCUAUGGCAAGGAAUUUGGGCUUCUUUCUGUAGGAAACAGGGAGGUUCCUGCAAGCACCUGAGCCAUGCAGGGACAAGAUAGAUUGGUGCUCUGGGGAGAUUAUUCUGGAAGAUAAUGGGGAAAAUGAACUGGCAUGGGGAAGAGACUGGUGGCAAAGACAGGGGAGCAGAUAUUGUUGGAUGAAUAUGCACACACACACACAGUGUUUUUGCCUUGACUCAGACCUGGAUGGCUGAGUGAUUGGUUCCAGCGUGGAGACAAAAACCAGGAUGGUCGCAUGAGUUUCAGAGAGGUCCAGCGGUUACUGCACCUGAUGAAUGUGGAAAUGGACCAAGAACAUGCCUUCCAGCUUUUCCAGACAGCAGACGCAUCCCAGUCUGGAACUCUGGAGGGAGAAGAAUUUGUAAAUUUCUAUAAGUCAUUGACUCAACGUGCUGAGGUGCAGGAGCUGUUUGAAAACUUUUCAUCUGAUGGGCAGAAGCUGACACUGCUGGAAUUUGUGGAUUUCCUCCAAGAGUGGCAGAAAGAAGGAGAACGUGCUUCUGACCUUGCUCUGGAACUCAUCGACCGCCAUGAGCCUUCAGAUAGUGGCAAACUGCGGCAUGUGCUGAGCAUGGAUGGCUUCCUCAGCUACCUCUGCUCGAAGGAUGGAGACAUCUUCAAUCCGAUCUGCCUCCCUAUCUACCAGGAUAUGACUCAACCCCUGAACCACUACUACAUCAACUCAUCCCACAAUACCUACCUAGUGGGGGACCAGUUUUGUGGCCAGAGCAGCGUGGAGGGAUACAUACGGGCCCUGAAGCGGGGGUGCCGCUGCGUGGAGGUGGAUAUAUGGGAUGGACCUAGCGGGGAACCUAUUGUUUACCACGGACACACCCUGACCUCUCGCAUCCCAUUCAAAGAUGUUGUGACUGCUAUAGCACAGUAUGCCUUCCAGACAUCAGACUAUCCAGUCAUCUUGUCCCUGGAGAACCACUGUAGCUGGGAACAGCAGGAGGUCAUAGCACACCAUCUGACCGAGAUCCUGGGGGAGCAGCUGCUGAGCACCACCUUGGAUGGGCAGCUUCCCACUCAGCUGCCCUCCCCUGAGGAGCUUCGGGGGAAGAUUCUGGUAAAGGGGAAGAAGUUAAAAACACUUGAGGAGGACUUUGAGGAAGAGGAAGAAGAGCCAGAAUCUGAACUGGAAGGGGAGCAGGAGGCUGAGCUGGAGCUGGAGGCCCAGUUUGAGUCUGAGCCCCAGGAGUUGAGCCCUCGCAGUAAGGACAAAAAUGAGAAGAAAUCCAAGCCCAUCUUGUGUCCAUCCCUCUCUGCCCUGGUUGUCUACUUGAAGGCUGUCUCAUUCUACAGCUUUGCUCAUUCAAGGGAGCACUACCGCUUCUACGAAAUGUCAUCUUUCUCUGAAGCCAAGGCCAAGAGUCUCAUCAAGGAGGCUGGCAAUGAGUUUGUGCAGCACAACACCUGGCAGCUAAGCCGCGUGUAUCCCAGUGGCCUGAGGACAGAUUCAUCCAACUAUAACCCCCAGGAAUUCUGGAAUGCAGGCUGCCAGAUGGUGGCUAUGAAUAUGCAGACUGCGGGGCUUGAGAUGGACCUUUGUGAUGGGCUCUUCCGCCAGAAUGCGGGCUGUGGCUAUGUGCUGAAGCCAGACUUCCUGCGUGAUGCCCAGAGCUCCUUCCACCCUGAGAAGCCCAUCAGCCCUUUCAAAGCCCAGGUCCUCCUAAUCAAGGUUAUCAGUGGUCAGCAACUCCCCAAAGUGGACAAGAACAAAGAAGGGUCCAUUGUGGAUCCACUGGUGAGAGUGGAGAUCUUUGGCGUUCGCCCAGACACAGCCCGGCAAGAGACCAGCUACGUGGAGAACAAUGGUUUUAAUCCAUACUGGGGGCAGACCCUAUGCUUCCGGGUCCUGGUACCUGAACUGGCCCUGCUGCGUUUUGUGGUAAAAGACUAUGACUGGAAGUCCCGAAAUGACUUCAUUGGUCAGUACACCCUGCCCUGGAACUGCAUGCAACAAGGUGAGCCCGUUCCUCCACCCCUGGCCCACACCCCAACUCUGUCUGCCUCCCUAAUGCUGCCCUCCCCCCUCCUUCCAGGUUACCGCCACAUACACCUGCUCUCCAAGGAUGGCAUCAGCCUCCACCCAGCCUCCAUCUUCGUGCACAUCUGCACCCAGGAAGAGCUAGAGGGGGCUGACUCUUAAGGAGGGCCCUUCAUAGGACGGAUGGGUGUGUUGGCUUUAGAUGGCUCAGUACCAUACCCAGAUCUAGGACUACUCAUUCCCACCAACUCUGGCUCAAAGGCAGAUUGCAACUAGAAACCCAGAGAGGGGCUUGGGGCAGAGAAACCCAAAGAGGCACUAUCUCCUCCACCCCUAACUUCCUCAAAGUCCAGAGCCAAGGGAAGGACAGAUCAAGCCUCAAGUCUCCCCAAGCAAAGGCUGGGGAAGGAGACCUGAACGCAGGACUAUACUGUGACUCAAGAGAACACUGCAGACCCCUCAGAGUCCCCACUGGACUGCUUCUCCUUAGCCCCACCGGUAUAAAUAGAGCUUCUCUCCCAA